CCCAAAUUUUUUUCUCUUUCUCUAAUUUUGUCUCACUUUCAAGUUCUCUCUCUCUCUCUCUCUCGCUCUAACAUGGCGGAGCUAGACUACCAAAUGACCAAAGCUUCAAAUUCUACUUCAAACAGCUCUCCCACCACGCGCUUAAAACUCUUCGGCUUCAACGUCCAUGACGACGAGGAACCGGUCGUCGCCGACUCAGCCAAAACGACACCAUCAGGUUCGCCGGAAUCCGGCGGGUUCCAGACUUCCGGCGACCGGAAGUACGAGUGUCAGUACUGCUGUCGGGAAUUCGCCAACUCCCAAGCUCUCGGCGGCCACCAAAACGCGCACAAGAAAGAAAGACAGCAACUCAAGCGAGCCCAGCUACAAGCAAGCCGACACGCUGCCGUUUCGUACGCGAGGAACCCGAUUAUCUCCGCCUUCGCGCCGCCGCCGCAUCUUCUUUCUCCUGCGGGACAGGUAAUGGUUCCGGCGGCUUCUCCGUCGUGGGUUUACGUUCCACGUGCGGCGCCUCCUUUCCACGUGUCGCAUGGUUGCGUGUUUCCGCCGGCGAUGAACGGAGGUAGGGGUGCAGCGAGCUUAUCGUACAGUAGCGGAACAGGGGAUUCGACAUUGACGAUGGAUUCUCAGGUACAACAGUCCCGGGCCCAUAAUUUGAGGGUUGAUGGGCCAUCGUUGAGUAGGUUCUCGAAAGGAGAUGGUGGGCCCAGUUUUGAUGAUGCAUUGGGCUUGGACUUGCAUCUCAGCCUUGCGCCGGCUGCACCGUAAAAGAAAAUUGGCUGGGCGCCACUCGAUCGGCUUCGCUAUUGGCUCAUGAUUUUGAAAAUGAAAAAAAAGCAUGGACUAUUGGCAUUAUGGCUAACAAUUUCGUGUCCUGGGUAGGGUCCAACAGUAAGUUAUAUAUAAAUAUGGCUAAUUUCCCUACUUCCCAGCAGAACUCUAAAAAAAAAAAAAAAAUUGAAAAGGAAAAAGAGUUCUUGAUAUAUAUAUGGCUGAUGUUAAGCACUCGGCUCAGUCAAGCCAAGCUUGACAGCUUUGCUUUGAGAUGGUUAUUUUUAGAUACUGUUUUUGGGUAUGGCUAAGCUGGUUCAUGAACUUGGCUCAGCAAAUUAUUCGGCUGGGAAGCUCGAUCAUAAUGUUUAUUUAGCCAGAGUUGGAACUUUGUACAUUUUUACAUUUUUUAAUUUAUUUUUUCAAAUUUGAAAGUAAUUAAUUCACUCACUCAGCACAUCACAUCACAUCACCAUUUAUGCUGUAGUUCACUAUUGUUUUCCCUUUUGAAGUUUCAACGGUGUGUAUAUAAUAUAACUUGAAAAAUAGCUUUUUUUUUAA